GGGGGCGCUCUUCUAUGGAGCUCUAUGGGAAACAUUAGCAAUGGGCAGCUUCAGCGGAGGUGAAGAUAAACAUGCAAACAUCUCACACGCCUCAAACUCGCCAAACCGAGAGUAAAUGACUCUGCUCGUCUGUGAGAAAGGAAAGAAGACGCUGAAGAUGCCGGCGGGUAUUCAGGGAGGUUUGGGGAGAUGACCGCCGUGCUGCGUCCAUCAUGGGCCCUGACGUCCCCCUGCUCAACGACUACAAGCAGGAGUUCUUCUGGAAGCGCUUCCCUCAGACCGUGCUGGGGGGGCCGAGGUUUAAGCUGGGCUACUGCGCCCCCCUAUACGUCUACGUGCACCAGCUGGUGCUGUUCCUGACCCCGUGGCUGCUGGGGGGCGUGGGCACCCUGCUGUACCAGCUGAGGGUGCUGGACGAUGCUCGCGCGGGCAUCCUGUCCGGGGCGCUCAUGCUGGGGGCCGGCGCCACCCUGCAGACGUUGGCCCAGUGUGCUGCACGGAGGACGGGGGCGGUCCAGAGGCUUCCGGCCGCCAAUAACAUCCUGGCGGACGAGGAGGAAGUGGAAUUCACACAUUGCGUCGCUCCGGAGACGGUGCGCUUCGUGGUGCCGGGGAAGAGGUUCAUGGUUAACGUAGUUCUGCACACGGUGCUGGCCGGCCUGCUCUGUGGGUUGGGUACGUGGUACCUGCUGCCUGACAGGCUGAGCGUGGUCUAUGGAGACACCGGGGCGGGGAUGGGCGCGGUGGUGCCCGUGUUUGUGCUCAGCUGGGUGACGCUGUGCAUUGCGGAAUACUCUCUGAUCAUCAACACGGCGACGGAGACGGCCACGUUUCAGCCUCAGGACACCUACGAGAUCACCCCCCUCACCAGGCCGCUCUACAUCCUCGCCUUCAUCGCUGUGGAUUUGGCGCUGAGGUGUAUGGGAGGGGGCGUGGCCGAGCUGCAGGUGGCCAGUCAGGUGCUGCACGUGCUGUUUGUGGUCCUGCCGCUGCUUUGGGCUCUGGGCAUGCUCUCUCCUCUGGACGCCCUGCUGCUGUGGGCCAUGGAGCAGAUCCUGGUGCACGGACUCGGGGGGUCACCCAUGGCCACCAACGUCAGGCUGGUGGUGAUGUUCCUGACGUCUGUGUGUGUUGCCGUCUCCACGUUCUUCAUCCCCUCUUCCCUUGGCGUGGUCCUCUUCACCGUCGCCAUGGGUUACCUCCUCAGUCAGGACUUCACCCAGGUCAUGGUGCUUUUUCGGGGCAGAAACCGCGACCCGCCCUCUCUCGGCCUGGGGUGGUUCGGCCUCCCUCUCACCGUGCUCCUCCUGGCUGGAGCCAUGACUGAAGCUGGGCUGCUUCACCAGCUCUCCCCCAGCCCAGGUAACCUCAGCUUUGGUUCUGGUCCAGUGGAGGUCUGGGGUUCAGCAGGUUCAGCUCCAGGCCCUCAGGCUGCGCUGGGGUGGCUCCUCAUCGCUCUGCUGUUGGUCACGCAUGUGCUGAGAGAGCUCCAGGGUGCCUGUGUUUGUGGGGGUUUGUUCCUGAACCCCCUGUACCCCCGGCAGGUCAGCAGCGUCCAGGCUUUCAGGAGGAGGAGUCGGGGUCUGCGGGUCGCUGGACUCGCCCGCAGAGCGCUGCUCAACCUGGUCUGUCCGUUAGCCAUGAUUGCGUUCCUGGCCAUGGAUGCAUCCUUGCAGAAGCUGCACACGGCCUCUUUGGCUAUCGGCUUCACACGAGCCUUCAGAGUGGUGUGGCAGAGCAGUGAGGAUGCCCUGCUGCAGAUGGUGGUGGUGGUGGUAGUGAGGCUGGCAGAUGGAGAUGGCACCGCACGUCACUGGCACGAUCUGGGCACCGGAGUGCAGCUCAUACUGGUGUCUCUGGUUUCUGACCGUCUCUCUCAGUUUUUGGCGAAGCUGAAGUUUACUCUCACCGUCCUCAUCACGUCGUGGACAGAGACGAAGCAGCGCCGCCAGUCUGCCGGUGCCCUGUUGGCACUGAACGGGGCGCUGUGCCCGCUGCUGCUGGCUGUGGUGCUGCUGUCCGCCCUGCUGGCAGCCCCCCUGCUGCCCCUCUUCACUCUGCCCAUCUUUUUGGUGGGUUUCCCCCGGCCGCAGCGCUCGUGGCCCGAAACGCCUGGUACGGCCUGUCCGUGCCCUGAUUCCGUCUACUACCAGCAGCUCAGCACCAGGCUAGCAUCAGCGCUAAAACAAGCGUUUGCUAAUGGAGUACUAGGUUCUUGUUUUCCGGGUUCUCAUUUCCUGUGCCGUUUCCAAGAUCGUGUGGCCUGGGUCACUGUUCUGGAGAAAGGCUACGGCUACUGCACGGUCAACAUUAAGGGUUUAGAGCUGCAGGAGACGUCCUGUCACACGGUGGAGGCUCGGCGUGUGGACGAGGUGUUUGAGGGUGCAUUUGACCGGCUGGAGCGUCCGGGCCGUUUCCUGCGCUUCCUGAACCCUCACUGGGAGAACUCCCUCAGGCCCUGCUCCGCCCUGCCCGUCCGGGUCUACUCCGAUGCCCGGAACGUUCUGACUGGCAUCAUCGACUCACCCGACCACCUGCGCCAGCUCCGCUCCGACUUUCUGAAGACUCUGGUCUGGAUGCUGCUGCGUCACUGCCUGCAGGACAAGGCUUACGCCGUCCGCAGGGUCAAAGGCCACUCGCUGCAGCUUUCUGGCCGCAAGUCUCAGAGCUCCCAGCACCCCGAGCCCGGUCCAGGUGAUGUUAAAAUGGCCAUGGCGUCUCAGGGGCAUCCAGACUCCUCCUCCUCGCCUAACCUGAGGGGGCGGGACAGCUCCAGCUUGUCCUCGUUUGCCGAUUGGUCGGAUGAGGACGACCUUUUCGGACCCGUUCCUGCGAGAAAGCCGGUUAGGAUGAUAAUGGUGCGGACAGAAGAAGGUCAGACUGGCCUGGAGUCCGGCGUUUCUCUGCCUGGUUCUGCAGAAAUACACAGUCUGUAUGAGAACAUGGCACUGGCUUCUUUGCCCACGCUGAGGCCGCUGGGAUUGGGCCUUGGCAUGGGAUUCGGCUUGCCUGCAAUGGACAAAGGCAGGGACCACCAAAUCCCAACUGUGACCACCACCACCACCACCACGCCAUCCAUAGACCCCACCCAGCCUCUUAAUUUCUCCUGCCCACACUCAGAAAGCCUUUCCCUGGCCACAGCCUGGAGGAACGCCCCCCUGCCCUCCUCCAGACUCCAGGCCCUUCGUCCCUGCUUCCCCGAGGACUGGUUUCACUUCUGCCUGUCCCGGUUCGUAAUGGAGGGCUUCUGGGAAGGGGAACCUGAACAGGUGUGCAGAGCUCUGCAGGAGGACCAGGUUCUGAGGGAGCUCUACAGCCAGGUGGCACUGUCGUGUUUGGUGGCGCUGGGCGCGGACGCUGCGGUGCCCAGCCCCAGCCUGCUGUUCAGGGUUUACUGCGGCGACGCCCCAUGGCCCGACGGGCUCGACUGGCUCCGAGCAAAUAAAGAGCUGCAUCAGCUCACCCUCAGGGCUUUUAGGUACAGUGUAAAGCUGCUGAUCGAUCAGGCGUCUCUGGGUCCGGUGGAGAGUCUGGAGGAGCUCUACACGACUCUACAGGAUUACCACGACAACUGGUUUAUCGGCCUGACGACGGAGCGCGGCUGGCAUGACGGCGUUCUUCAGGAGAAACCUUUCCUCUUCUCUCUCGGACAGGAUCUCACCAUGGGUACGUAUACAGGCCGGGUGCUGUCUCUGCAGGAGAACCUGGUGCAGGUUGGUGUUCUGAAUGAGGAGUGUGUUCGUGGUCAGUGGGCGAAUCUGUCCUGGGAGCUGCUCUACGCCACCAACGACGACGAGGAGCGCUACAGCAUCCAGGCUCACCCUGUCAUGCUGAGGAACCUCACGGUGCAGGCGGCAGACCCCCCUCUAGGAUACCCCAUCUACUCCUCCAAACCCCUCCACCUCGCCUGCUUAUGAUGAACACCUACCUGCAGACUCCGACACGCCUUCACCACUUCCACACCUUCUUCGCCUGCCACACCUGGCACACCUGCCGCGCCUGCCACACCUGCCUACGGUACACAAAUAAACCCCCAUACAGUAUAUACUGCCUGUCAAAAGUUUGGGGACCCCUGGCUUUUAGCAAUGUUUUUAAUAAAGAUUAGCAUGUUUUCUUCAUCAGUUUGAAAGAAUGUGGUAUAUUACAGACGAAGUAUUUCACCAAAACACUCCAUUACCAGCUAUAAAUGCUAAACACACAUUCUGUGUUUUUUUUAGAUGAAUGCAUACUUUAUUUUCUUUUGAGUCACUUGUUUAUUAUGGUGUUGUUCUCCUCAAAAUGAACCUGUGGGUGUUUCACAAAGCCGUACAUAACGUAAAGGGGAAAUCCACCUAUUUUUCACAUUUUCUUCAUAACUCAGUGUGUGAGAUGUAAUCAGAGAGAUUCAGAGUGGUUUGGUGUGAAAUGGUUCAGAUGUCUU